CAGAAUUGACCCUAAGUGGGAGGGACAGGAUCCUCCCCUGAAUUAGACUGCAAAGCACUUGCAUCAGUAAACAAUAACCCCCAUAUAAGUAUUUUAAUUGAGUACAGCUUUCUGUGAUUAACGGUAACCUGACUCCUUGCCCUGUAAAUGUCAGCCAUCAACAUCUAGAAAAGGGUUAAAAGGUUUUUCAAAGGACGAGUGAAAUUCAUUUCCCUUCAUUCUCUAGGUAACCUGCUUUUGCAACAUGUCUAAUCGCAGGUUAAACUCCAUUUAUGCUGUAAAAUCCCACUCGGGAUUUGAUAACCUAAACACAACCAGCAUCCUUUUACAGCAGAAGAAAAGGUUCAACAACUCUGUAUUUUCUCUCAUAGAAAACUACUUCUUAUGUUAAUGACAUUCAGUGUCAGGUUGAGGUUUAACUUUAUUGAAGUCAUGUUAUUUUCAGUGAGACGAUUUUUUGUAGCGAGUACUGUACGUCCUCAGCAGAGCCCUGUCGUGACUGCUGCAUGCUACUCUGGUUUUGUAUUCCCCAAAACAUUAACUGUAAACUUGUGUGUUGUGGCUGUGGUUUUUUUUUUUUUUACAGCUGUGCUGUAAUUAUGCAUUCUUGAAAAGCCAAUUAAAUUUCACAGAUGUCGAAAAAUGCUGUCCUUUGGUUUGGUCUAAAUCUCAGAGCGAACAGAUGUAAGCAGAGAAGAAAAAUAUUCAUCAGCACACACAGUGUAAUGUAAAUAAUAAACCUUUGUGCCAUAGGUGAGGACUCAUAGUUUGGCAGUCUAACAUAAUGACGAGUGCAUCCUCACAAAUCACUCUACACAGUACAAUUUAAUAUAUAUGUAAAUUUGAAAUGGAUUGCAUUGACAUAGCGCUUUAAUACAAAGCCUUUACAAUGAUCCUCUCGUUCAACAAUUAUGCACCUGUUUACUUAUUUUUUGAUCAGAUAGAUCAGUCAGUUGUUGGGCUGUUUGACGGCAAGGUAAAACAGUGCAAAUAUUCUGAAUAUAGCAAACACUUAUAGAUAGAGAGAUAUUUGCUUUUUUUAGGUGUUUCUUUUUGUUUGUGACUAAAAUGCGUUUCGCUGAUGCUGAAUUGCAGAACAUUUCUAACCUACAUGUUGAGAGUUAUGUAUGCUGACCACCAUCUACUGUAGGUAAUACACUGACUUUGGGAAACUACCUCAUACAAACCAACUUCAAAAGAUUAAACUAUCCAUUUAAAGGGCCUACAAUCAUGUAUACCAAGAUUAAAUGUGAAAAUGUAAAACUCUCAAGCUUUUAGAAAAACACUUUCCCUAAGUAAAAACCACAAAUUAAAGACAGUAUAUGGCGUUCAUGCGGAAGACGUAAACAGUAAAAAGUGGUGAGUUCAGGUGCAGCAGAGACCUCUGGGUGAUUCUGACCUGUAGGACAGUGAAGGUGAAGGUUAACGAGUACAUGGCCAAACUGUGAUUGGAGAGCCUAUUCUGCUGAUUGGCCAAUUAGGGACAAGGUGGGCCUCUAAAAAAUGUACUUAAGCUGUUUUGAGAUGUCCGUCCGCACGCACGCAAGAGCACACACACGCACGCACGCACGCACGCACGCACGCACGCACGCACACACACACACACACACACACACACACACACACACACACACACACACACACACACAAUGUUCAUUUACUCAGUCAGUCAGUUCAGAGCGGGUCGGCCACAACAGCAAACCUCCUCAUGGCUCUAUGGACAGCGGCAUCCCUUUACCUGUGUUUCUUUCUGGGAGUAAACUCCUGGCACGAUCUGGACAACACAGAGUAUGACUGUUGGCCGAUCAACAGUCCAAAUGAUUACAACAUGAUUAGCUGUGGUGGUUUGGAAAUGGCCUGGGUGCAGCGUCCUCCAGAGAAAGUAACCAAUGGGGAAGAGUUCAAUGUCUCGUACACAGUGACAGCCUCAGAUUCCUUCUACGAUUACGCAAUCAGGAACAAGAUUUUCCUGUUCAGUAAUGCCUCAGAGGCAAAGAGGUUCUGUCAUGAACACGAGUGCCCGGCCAACUGGAACAGCGCCAAUGAUAUUAAUUGCUGCGUGUAUCACGCCAACAUCCACUCCUGUCCUCUUGGUCUUAUGAAACAAGGCGGAAUCUGUGGCCCGUGGAUUCCUGACGAUGGUAAAAUGGUGACUCACACUGUCUCCAAAGCAGGCAAGAUGUCCCAGAAAUUCUGGACUUCAAAGGUGGUGCUGAUCCAUGUGGGAGUCACCUCAGUCAUUGCUCACAUCAAAAUAGGACACAUGCACGCAGCACUGGAGUCCAAAGUGCUUGUUGUCAGUGCUCAAGUGUGCGGGGAUGACGUCUGCGAGCCGGAGGAGAGCUGUCUGAACUGUCCUGCAGACUGUGGCAUCUGCCCAAUGUCCAUCACAAUCAAGGUGGCCAUCGGGCUUCCAGUUGCUCUCUUUAGUAGCGGCUUCAUCCUUACUAUGGUGUGGCUCCAGUACCAGAAACAGAGGAUGCUUUGGGAUGAAAGCUGGAUCAUCAACUACAAAAGCAUAAUAUUUGGUAGAGUUUGCUGCAUGGACCUCGGCAGCACCAUGAGCCUGCAGCAAGCCAAGAGUAACUCCAAUAUCAGCCGAACUACUGAUGUGACUUUGUGUACCGGAUUCAACUCCUCCUUUAAUCAAGGCUUCAUCCAGCCAGGCAUCUACGAUGCAAGGAUUGUGGCAGUGAAGCACAUCCAGAAUAAACAUUUCACACUCUCUAAAACCAUCAGAAAAGAGGUGAAAGAAGUUAGGCAACUGGACCACCCCAACCUAUGUAAGUUCAUUGGUGGUUCCAUCGAGGUCCCCUAUGUCAGCAUCAUCACAGAGCACUGCCCCAAAGGAAGUCUCUCAGGUGUCCUGCUGAAUGAUGACAUCCCCAUCAACUGGGGCUUCAGACUGUCCUUUGCCUCUGACAUUGCCCGCGGGAUGUCUUACCUCCACAAGCACAAGAUGUUUCAUGGGAGACUUCACUCCAGAAACUGUGUUAUUGAUGAUCGUUGGGUGUGCAAAAUCUCAGAUUUUGGCCUCACAGCCUACAGACGGGAGGACCUUGAGACAGUCAAUAAUGGCUUCAAUUGUGGAGAUGUAAAUCGUGUAUACUGUGCCCCAGAGGUCCUGCUGGGAAGCAGCUCCAACAUGACGGCAGCAGCUGAUGUCUACAGCUACUCCAUUAUUUUGGUUGAGAUUGCAACUCGCUCUGACCUCCUUUUAGACCAGGCUGAGGGAGUGAGGAUGGAUAUCAUGUGGCGCCCUCCUCUGCCUGAAAUCAAAGCUGGGAAGGCAGAUACUGACUGUCCCAGUCAAGCAGACUACUGUGAGCUUAUUAAGAAGUGCUGGUGUCAUAACGUCACCAUGAGGCCCACGUUUGAACAGGUGAAGAAGACCCUUGACAAAAUGAACCCACACAAAGUCAGCCCUGUGGACAUGAUGAUGAACCUGAUGGAAAAGUACAGCAAACAUCUGGAGGCUAUAGUUGCAGAGAGAACACAGGACCUUGUUCAAGAGAAACAGAAAACGGAUUUGCUGUUAUACAGUAUGUUACCAAAACCGGUGGCUGAUGACCUUCGUCAAGGUCGAACAUCACAGGCUCAGAGCUAUUCCAACGCCACCGUCUACUUCAGCGAUAUUGUCGGCUUUACUCAGCUGUCUGGUGCUAGCACUCCCCACCAGGUUGUGGACUUCCUCAAUCAGCUCUACACCACCUUUGAUGACAUUAUUGACAUUUACGAUGUCUACAAAGUGGAGACCAUAGGUGAUGCUUACAUGGUGGUCUCUGGGGUCCCUCAAGAAAAUGGUAUCAAUCAUGCUGGAGAGAUAGCCAGCAUGGCUCUUGAUCUAGUCAGUGUUUGUCACACUUUCAAGAUCCCUCACAAACCCGACACACAGCUAAAGAUACGUGCCGGCAUUCACUCAGGUCCUGUUGUGGCCGGUGUGGUUGGCACCAAAAUGCCUCGCUACUGCUUGUUUGGGGACACUGUCAACACGGCAUCACGCAUGGAAUCAACAAGUGAAGCGCUGAAGAUCCAGGUGAGUGGUGCCACAGCUGACCUGCUUCACACACUCAGAGGUUAUGUCCUAACAUGCAGAGGGACACUUUUUGUGAAGGGAAAAGGAGAGAUGACAACAUGGUGGCUUGAUGCAAAGAGAGGUGAUUACUCAGAUCCAUUGCUCAUAACAACUGAAUCCAGACUCCCAGUGCCAGUGAGUGACUAGAUCUGGGUAGAGCCUAAAACGCGACGAUUACUGUAUGAAAACUGGCCGUGCUUUGUGUUGUGCAAUUUAAUUCUGUGCAGUGAGC